CCGUUAUUCAUGUUCAAUUUAUUUGCCUAGUCGCGAGAGCUGGCUCAGUUUUUGGCAAUUAAGUGUUCACUAAAAGGCAAAGCUGUGAUUUUUUCUUAUGGGUAUUUGUACAGGUGGCUCAAAAAUGGUUCCAACUCUAUACUACCUACCGCCUAGUCCGCCGUGUCGCAGUAUAUUGUUGUUAGGUAAAAUAUUAGGCGUCGAUUUCGACUUAAAGACGGUGAACGUAUUGGAGGGCGAGCAAUUGAGUCCAGAUUUUACGAGCAUAAAUCCUCAACAUUGUAUACCAACCCUUAAUGAUGAAGGCCUGGUGCUGUGGGAAAGUCGUGCUAUUUUACAAUAUCUGGCCGCUGCUUAUGGCAAAGACGAUUCUCUGUACCCGAAAGAUGUGCGUACACGCGCAAUGGUCGAUCAACGCCUUCAAUUUGAUUUGAGCACCCUGUAUGCGCGCACUUUUGAUUAUUUUUUUCCCACUAUUUUCCAUGGUUCACCAUUGAACGCAAGCAAGAAAGCAAAAUUAUGUGAGGCAUUCAAUUGGUUCAAUGAAAUGUUGAGGGAUCACGAAUUUUCUGCAACGGAUAACUUUACAAUUGCCGAUAUCACCUUGUCGGUAACGGUAUCACAAUGCGAAGCUUUUGGAUUCGAUAUAAGCGCAUACGAUUAUGUUAUGGUGUGGUUGCAACGGUGCAAGGACUACUUGCUACCUUACGAAUAUGAGGAAUUAAAUGCCACCAAAGCAGUUAUUUUGGCCGAUAUGUUUCGUGCAAAGUUAGGGAGCCAAAAACUUGUUUAAAAGAUGCAAAUUUUUGAGAAUUUAUAUUGUUAAAUAUUUUUCUGUUAACGGUAAUGCACAGAAAUUGACGUUUUUAGAGAAAUAAAGCACUAAUGUAGUAAAUCAGCAAAUAAAUAUUGUUGUGAAAAUGUC